UCGAAAUUCACAAAUUACCCACUUCCCCAUAAAAGGCCACGCCUUCGUGCUCCUCCUCUCUUCCUCCUCCCCCACCACCCUACCUUUCAUCCCCUUCCCCUCCAAUCCUUCGCCGCCGACGCCGACCGCCGCAGGGGAGGCUCUCCAGCGCCAUCUACACGAAAUGGAGGACGCCUGUCUUUCUACACAGCUUAUUGAUGGAGAUGGUGUUUUCAAUGUUUCCGGAUUGGAAAACUUUAUGAAGGAAGUUAAAUUAGCCGACUGUGGGCUCUCUUAUGCUGUUGUGUCAAUAAUGGGCCCACAAAGUAGUGGAAAAAGUACACUAUUGAAUCAUCUUUUCCGCACCAAUUUCAGGGAGAUGGAUGCUUUUAGAGGAAGGUCACAGACUACCAAAGGUAUAUGGAUGGCGAAGGCCCAGAAUAUUGAACCAUGCACCCUUGUAAUGGAUUUGGAAGGCACUGAUGGAAGAGAGAGGGGAGAGGAUGACACAGCCUUUGAGAAGCAAAGCGCUUUAUUUGCUUUGGCUGUUUCGGAUAUUGUCUUGAUCAAUAUGUGGUGCCACGACAUUGGUAGAGAACAGGCUGCGAACAAGCCUCUUUUGAAGACCGUUUUCCAGGUUAUGAUGCGGUUGUUCAGUCCUCGCAAAACGACAAUGUUAUUUGUUAUUCGUGACAAAUCAAAGACACCUCUGGAGAAUCUUGAACCUAUUUUAAGGGAAGAUAUUCAGAAGAUAUGGGACGCCGUUCCUAAACCCCAUGCUCAUAAAGAAACUCCACUAAGCGAAUUUUUCAAUGUACAAGUCGUGGCCCUUAACAGUUAUGAGGAAAAAGAAGAGUUAUUUAAACAGCAGGUUUCCGAUUUAAGAGAUAGAUUUCAACAUUCUAUUGCUCCUGGUGGGCUUGCUGGAGAUCGUCGUGGUGUUGUUCCAGCAUCAGGUUUUUCUUUUAGUUCGCAGCAAUUCUGGAAGGUCAUUAAGGAGAACAAAGACCUUGACCUACCUGCUCAUAAAGUUAUGGUGGCUACCGUGCGUUGUGAGGAAAUUGGUCAUGAGAAAGUGACCAGUUUUACAGCCGAUGAGGAAUGGCAACAUUUUGAGGAGGCCGUUCAAAGUGACUAUGUACCAGGGUUUGGGAAAAAGAUCAGCAGCCUUCUUGAUAGAUGUUUAUCAGAAUAUGACAUGGAGGCCAUUUAUUUUGAUGAAGGUGUCAGAACGUCAAAAAGACAACAACUUGAGUCUAAACUCUUGCAGCUUGUCAAUCCUGCAUACCAAUCUCUCCUUGGUCAUUUACGGACUAGAACUUUAGAAGCAUUUAAGGAGUCCUUCGACAAGGCCCUAGAAAAGGAGGGAUUUGCUGUUGCUGCUCGUAAUUCUAUCCAGACUUUCUUGGAGAAGUUUGAUAAAGGAUCGGAAGAUGCUACUAUCCAACAAGUGAAAUGGGACCCCUCAAAAGUUAAGGAUAAGCUUAAGCGUGACAUUGAGGCACAUGUGGUGUCAGUUCGUGCUACAAAACUUUCUGAACUUUGUGCCAGAUAUGAGGGGAAGCUUACCAAGGCUCUGGCAGAUCCUGUCGAAGCCCUCUUAGAUACAGCCAGUGAAGACACCUGGCCAAAUAUUAGAAAGCUUCUUCAACGCGAGACAAAAGCUGCUCUUUCAGGUCUUGAAUCUGCUAUUUCAACUUUUGAGCUUGAUGAAGCGACUGAGAAGGAACUCCUUUCAAGGCUGGAGAAUCAUGGAAGGAGCGUUGUUGAAUCAAAGGCAAAAGAAGAAGCUGCAAGGGUCUUGAUCCGCAUGAAGGACAGGUUCUCGACACUAUUCAGUCGUGAUGCUGACUCGAUGCCAAGAGUAUGGACAGGAAAGGAGGACAUUAAAGCAAUCACUAAAACUGCUCGUUCAGCCUCCAUGAAGUUGCUCUCUACAAUGGCUGCAAUUCGGUUGGAUGAAGAUGUCGACAACAUAGAUAAUACUCUUUCCCUUGCUCUAGUUGACAGUGCAAGGCCUGGCACUACAGAUAGGAGUAUCCAAUCGCUUGAUCCACUCGCAUCCAGUUCAUGGGAAAGAAUUCCAGAGGAGAGAACUUUGAUCUCCCCUGUCCAGUGCAAAUCUUUGUGGAGGCAAUUUAAGGCGGAAACUGAAUAUACCGUCACUCAAGCCAUAGCUGCACAGGAAGCAAAUAAGAGGAACAACAACUGGCUGCCUCCUCCAUGGGCACUUGCUGCAAUGGUUAUCCUUGGGUUUAACGAGUUUAUGACAUUACUGAGGAAUCCAUUGUACAUGGGUGUCAUAUUUGUUGCUUUCCUUGUUGUGAAAGCUGUCUGGGUACAACUAGACAUUGCCAAUGAGUUCCGAAAUGGAUUUCUUCCGGCCGUCCUUUCACUGUCCACAAAGUUUGUUCCCACAAUAAUGAACAUUCUGAAGAGACUAGCUGAUGAGGGACACACACCUGCAGCCCCAGAGCAAAGAGAGAUGGAACUCCAACCAAAAUCCACAAGGAAUAGUUCAAAUAGCAAUGUGACAUCAGCAGGCUCCUCCAGCAUAACCUCUUCAGAGAAUGGACCUGAAUAUUCAAGCCCGAUAGCGCAAUGAUCAAUGGAUCUCUAGCUUUUAGCUGAAAACCCUAGCAGUUAUAGCUGCAGUGGCUUUGCGCCUAGGAGAUUGAAGUGCCUUGUGGUUUUUGCACGUCCGCCGUUUCCAACCUGAUGUAUGAAAAUUACAUGGCACGGUCCAGAGCGGUUAUUUAUGGAAUUUUGGGGGCUGGGGUCGUUUGUAAGAAACAUUGUAGAAUGUCUUUCAUUUCAUUUUUUUUGUAACAGCUUAUAUGAUGGUUGUAUAGAAGAUUUGUGAUUCUGUCGUCAUCUCAACCCAUGAGGCCACGGGGGGACACUUCUAUAUAUAGUUGGUUGCACAGAAUGCGAGAAGUAUGUAAAUGUUUUGAAGUUGCGAUCAGGUUGCUCUGGAGAAUAUCACCUGUUUUGCUUAAUAAUAGAAGAAUCUGCUGCGACUUGGCAAGGUUUUCGUCAAGUCUGUUUAGCUUGA